UUCGCUUCACAAUCCCAACGCACUUCUCUCUCUAUCUCUCACUUCUCUUCUUCCUCCUUUCCCUCUUCUUCACCAAUGCCACGUAACCCUAGAUUCUGCUUCUUCCUCUUCCUUCUCUUUCACUCCUCUGUUUUCUUCUUCAUCCCCUGUUUUUCCAUAGACGAACAGGGUCAAGCUCUUCUCUCAUGGAAAUCUCAGUUAAACAUCUCCGGAGACGCUUUAUCUUCUUGGAAAUCCUCCGAAUCGAAUCCUUGUCAAUGGGUCGGAAUCAGAUGCAACGAAAGAGGUCAAGUCUCGGAGAUACAACUCCAAGUCAUGGAUUUUCAAGGUCCGUUACCGGCGACGAAUCUCCGGCAGUUAAAGUCUCUGACUUUACUCAGUUUAACCUCCGUGAAUCUCACCGGUUCAAUCCCUAAAGAGCUUGGAGACUUGUCGGAGUUAGAAGUUCUUGAUUUAGCUGAUAAUUCUCUCUCUGGUGAAAUCCCUGUGGAAAUCUUCAAGCUCAAGAAACUCAAGACUCUGUCUCUCAACACAAACAAUCUCGAAGGUGUGAUUCCAUCGGAGUUAGGGAAUCUCGUUAACCUCGUCGAGCUCACUCUCUUCGACAAUAAACUCGCCGGAGAGAUUCCUAGAACCAUCGGAGAACUCAAGAAUCUAGAAAUCUUCCGUGCAGGUGGGAACAAGAAUCUCAGAGGAGAGCUUCCUUGGGAGAUUGGUAACUGCGAGAGUCUUGUGACUUUAGGUCUCGCCGAAACAAGUCUCUCCGGUAAACUUCCGGCGUCGAUCGGAAACCUGAAAAAAGUUCAGACAAUAGCUCUGUACACGUCACUCUUGUCUGGUCCAAUCCCUGAUGAGAUUGGAAACUGCACAGAGCUUCAAAACCUCUACUUGUACCAAAACUCUAUCUCUGGAUCGAUUCCUGUAUCAUUGGGACGUCUCAAGAAGCUUCAAAGUCUUCUCUUAUGGCAAAACAAUCUCGUCGGGAAAAUACCCACCGAGCUAGGCACCUGUCCGGAGCUUUUCCUCGUCGAUUUAUCUGAAAAUCUCCUCACCGGAAACAUCCCAAGAAGCUUCGGAAAUCUUCCAAAUCUCCAAGAACUUCAGCUCAGCGUUAACCAACUUUCCGGUACAAUCCCUGAAGAGCUCGCGAAUUGCACGAAGCUGACGCAUUUAGAGAUCGAUAACAACCAAAUCUCCGGCGAGAUUCCACCGUUGAUCGGAAAAUUAACAAGCUUGACGAUGUUCUUCGCGUGGCAGAAUCAGUUAACCGGAAAAAUUCCAGAGUCUCUUUCUCAAUGCCAAGAGCUUCAAGCGAUCGAUCUCUCUUACAACAAUCUCUCUGGUUCGAUACCUAAUGGAAUCUUUGAGAUACGUAACCUCACGAAGCUUCUUCUUCUCUCUAAUUACUUAUCUGGAUUCAUUCCACCGGAUAUUGGAAACUGUACGAAUCUUUACCGGUUAAGACUCAACGGAAACAGACUUGCGGGGAAUAUUCCGGCGGAGAUUGGGAAUCUGAAAAACAUCAACUUUAUCGAUAUAAGUGAGAAUCGUCUCAUCGGAAACAUACCUCCGGAGAUCUCCGGUUGUACAAGUCUCGAAUUCGUCGAUCUACAUUCAAACGGUUUAACCGGUGGUUUACCCGGUACACUUCCGAAGAGCUUACAAUUCAUCGAUUUAUCCGAUAAUUCGUUAACCGGUCCUCUACCAACCGGAAUCGGAUCGUUAACCGAACUCACGAAGCUCAAUCUCGCUAAAAACCGAUUCUCCGGCGAAAUCCCUAGAGAGAUCUCUUCUUGUCGGAGUUUACAGCUUCUCAACCUCGGCGACAAUGGCUUCACCGGAGAAAUCCCAAACGAGUUAGGACGAAUCCCGUCUCUUGCUAUAGCUCUGAAUCUCAGCUGCAAUAACUUCGCCGGAGAGAUCCCGUCGAGAUUCUCCAGCCUCACUAAUCUCGGAACCCUCGAUAUCUCUCACAACAAACUCACCGGAAACUUAAACGUCUUAGCUGAUCUACAGAAUCUCGUCUCACUCAACAUCUCUUUCAACGAAUUCUCCGGCGAGUUACCAAACACUCUGUUUUUCAGGAAACUUCCACUCUCUGUUCUUGAAUCAAACAAAGGGCUUUUUAUCUCGACCCGACCCGAGAAUGGGAUCCAAACCCGACACCGCUCCGCCGUGAAGUUAACCAUGUCGAUCCUCGUUGCCGCAAGUGUCGUUCUUGUUCUCAUGGCGAUUUACACUCUCGUCAAAGCACAAAAAGUCGCCGGAAAACAAGAGGAACUAGAUUCUUGGGAAGUGACUCUUUAUCAAAAACUCGAUUUCUCCAUCGACGACAUCGUCAAGAAUCUAACUUCAGCUAACGUGAUCGGAACUGGAAGCUCCGGUGUAGUUUACAGAGUCACAAUCCCGUCGGGUGAAACAUUAGCCGUGAAGAAAAUGUGGUCAAAGGAAGAAAACGGAGCGUUUAACUCAGAGAUCAACACUCUUGGAUCGAUUCGACAUCGAAACAUAAUCCGUCUCUUGGGUUGGUGUUCGAACCGGAAUCUGAAGCUCUUGUUCUAUGAUUAUCUUCCUAACGGAAGUUUAAGCUCUCUGCUUCAUGGUGCCGGUAAAGGAAGUGGAGGAGCUGACUGGCAAGCACGUUACGACGUCGCUUUAGGCGUUGCACAUGCUCUUGCUUAUCUUCACCAUGAUUGUUUACCUCCGAUUCUUCACGGUGACGUUAAAGCUAUGAAUGUCUUGUUGGGUUCCCGGUUCGAAUCUUACUUAGCCGAUUUCGGUUUAGCGAAAAUCGUCUCCGGUGAGGGAGUUAUCGAUGGAGAUUCGUCGAAAUUGAGUAACCGGCCUCCGUUAGCCGGUUCUUACGGUUACAUGGCUCCAGAACAUGCUUCAAUGCAACAUAUAACCGAAAAGAGUGAUGUGUAUAGCUAUGGAGUGGUGCUACUAGAAGUUUUAACCGGGAAGCAUCCAUUGGAUCCGGAUCUACCCGGUGGUGCUCAUUUGGUUCAAUGGGUGAGAGAUCAUUUAGCCGGAAAGAAAGAUCCUAGAGAAAUUCUUGACCCGAGACUCCGCGGACGAGCAGAUCCCAUAAUGCAUGAGAUGCUACAAACUCUAGCGGUCGCGUUCCUUUGCGUGAGCAAUAAGGCAGCUGAUCGGCCUAUGAUGAAAGACAUUGUGGCAAUGCUUAAAGAGAUUAGGCAGUUUGAUAUCGAGCGAUCGGAAACCGAUAUGAUUAAAGGCGGAAAAUGCGAAAAAUGGCAGCCGCAACCGUUACCACCGGAGAAAAUUGUCAAUACUCCUCGAGGUUCAUCUAAUUGUUCGUUUGCUUUCUCGGAUGAAUCCGUAUAAAGAACAAACUAUAGAACUACGAUUAGGGUGAUGACAUUUAUAAAAGGGUGUGUGAAUACUUGUUGUGGAUGAUUGUUAGAAUCAGGAAAAGGAAGAUCUAAGCUUAGCUUAUUAUUUUGGUUUGUGAGUUUUAAUUUUAUUUUUCUUGCAAACGAGUUGAAGAAUGUAUUGUACAAUAAUUGCAAUAGAUUGAAGUGGUUUAU